UCAUCAGAUGUGUGUGGGGCCCGAUAGGUGUCUAACCUGGUCGCUUGGGAACGACAGCCUGCUGGUGGUGUGAGCUGAGCCCCCUUCUCUUGGCUGUGUACGUGUUUACUGACCUGCGGGUGGUGGAGCUUCCUGAACGCUCACCCUCCUGUACAGCUUCUCUGGCCCAGGGUUUCAGGGCUGCUUUAGGCUGACCUUGUGGUUUGCACUCAGGAGUGUCCCCUGAGCACGGAGUGCUGAGGCUGCUUGUAGGUGCCACAUGUUUUCAUUUGGGGUGGGAUUUUAUGCUCUAUGAAAAUUCAGGGUCCCACAAGGUGUUUAAACUUUGCAGUCACAUGCUUCAGUGGACAUCAAGUUGUAAGUUAUUUUCAAAUAAUAUCGGUAGUUUUGGGUGCUAGAAAGUCCAGGCUGCUCCUGUAACUGCGAUUUAUAGGCUAAGGAGCAAGGGCCACUGUCUUGCUUGGGACUUAUGUCCAGGCUGGAUGACCUCAGGCGCAGAGAGAAAGGAUGGAGAUGCGGAAACCUUUCCUUCCUGUCAGCCUGUGUGCAUGGCCCAGAGCACCAUCCAGCCUUGUGGCUAUCCAUAGCUGUCAGUACCUGGAGCAUGGCUGAGUGUCCUGGGAGUUGUCUUGAUCAGUCUCUGAUCCUCUUCCUUUCUUCCUUGGGCUCUGAAAAGUGCUCUGAACCAUCCCUCAAUAUGGAUUCACACCCCCAAAAAACUGUUUGCCUAGUCACUGUGUUUCUAGGUUGGCAGAAGGCAGGCAGGUGGCUGGAAUCACUGGCUUUGCUGCGACGUGCCCCUCCCCCCUUUCAUGCACACACACACACACACACACACACACACACCUUUGAUCAGGAGGCAGUUGGCUGCACUUGUGCUGAGUUCAGGCCUUCUGUGAGGUGAAAUCUGUUGAGGAGGCACUUUUCAGCUCCCAGCCACCACACGGCACUUUUCUGUGUGAUCUCAGGAAGUCACCAAUGUCACUGUGCUCAGCAGUCUGAGGGAAGCUCCUGGUGAGGGCAUGGAGCCAAAUCCUCUGAGAACCUUCAGACCCCUUUUUCUGACCUCCUUCCUUCCCCUUUGAUUUGGAAGGCUUUUGCCUCUGAAAUGCUUCUUGUCUGCCCUGGAGAAGUGUCACUGGCUUCCUGCCUACUUCACCUCCCUAUGCAAGGCUGAGUGUUGGGGUCUCUGAUGUGAACUUGUGCUCUCCCUCCUAGCCCACACUUUAGCUUUUUGGAGGGUACAAGCCUCCAACCCCCACACCUAGUCCGUAUCACAGCAUGCUGUUGCCUAAAGUGUCAUAGCCUCCUCAGGAAGAGACUUCACAGGCAGCCCCUCUGCUGUUCCUUCCUCAUUUCCCACUUCUAAGGGGGGGCGUGGCUUGGUCCUUGUCAGUGGGGCUGGUGAGUGUUGGUUGGGCUAUGGGGAUUCCCAGCCUAGGUGUACAAAAAUGCCCUUGGCCAGACAUCAGAAUGCUGAAAAUGGGAUUGAGUGCCAGAAGGGCAGCUGACUACAUGUAGGAGGUAGCCUUUGCUUUUGUUCUCUGGCCUUGUGGUCACUGGCCUAGGCGCAGAGCCAGAGACCAGUUAGUGACAUGGAGGGGCUGGCUUCUGCCAGCUUCUAGCUAACAGUGCUCUCCCUCUGCUAAUUGUGGGGGCCCUUGUGAAACACCAUCGGGUGGGGCAGAGGCACAGGAUGCCGCAACUCAAGCCACAGGAUGGUUACUCCAUCUGUAGAGGAGAUGGAUGGGGAGGCCUGGAGGGGCCUGAGCUCAGCUCCUCCCAGCUGGAUUGCCUGCCACCUCGAAGGUGAGGCUACUCUCCAUCAGCAUGGUUAGAACCUGGUCUACCUUCUGUCAGAAUAGGUAGGGGGCAGCCCCCCCAAGCCCUGGAGGGAGAAAGGACUUUGCCCCAGGCUGGCUUAGGGGAAGAAUGUCUAUGGGAGAUAGGACCCUGGAAUACACUUGUAUAGGCUCCCUGGCUGACCCUUACCUGCUGUUGGCCCCAGCAGCAGGUCUCUGGGGCACUGUUGGCUGGCCUCAGGAGCUGGAGAACAGCUCCAGGAGGGAGGGAGGCAAUGUGCUGAGUCAGCGUGACUCGCCAGGAACAGUGUGCUCUGGGGCAGCACUGGGGUUAUUUUUAAAGCUCCGCUUCCUUCUAGGCUUGCCCUCCCCCUGCCCCAGCCCAGUCCUUCUAAUCUCUCCCCUUGCCCCCUUUGUCUUCUGCCUCCCACACAGCCGGUUCUUCUCCCACCCGGUCAGAUCUCCCUGACCUCCCACCUGGCUCUCUAGGGAAAGGGCCCUGUGAAGCAGCCCAGCUCAAGAGAGGCAAGGCCCCAGGGCUAUCCUCUGGUCAGAGUGCCUGCUCACUGUGCCCUCCCCCCGGGUUAUGACGACCCCCAAUAAAGGAAACAAGGCCUUGAAGGUGAAGCGGGAGCCUGGCGAGAAUGGCACCAGCCUGACCGAUGAGGAGCUGGUGACCAUGUCAGUGCGUGAACUCAACCAGCACCUGCGGGGCCUCUCCAAGGAGGAGAUCAUCCAGCUGAAGCAGCGCCGGCGCACGCUGAAAAACCGUGGCUAUGCCGCCAGCUGCCGAGUGAAGCGGGUGACACAGAAGGAGGAGCUGGAGAAGCAGAAGGCGGAGCUCCAGCAGGAGGUGGAGAAGCUGGCCUCUGAGAAUGCCAGCAUGAAGCUGGAGCUCGAUGCCCUGCGCUCCAAGUAUGAGGCUCUGCAGAACUUCGCCAGGACCGUGGCCCGCAGCCCUGUGGCUCCAGCUCGGGGUCCCCUUGCCGCUGGCCUGGGGCCUCUGGUCCCUGGCAAGGUGGCCGCCACCAGCGUCAUCACAAUAGUAAAGUCCAAGACGGAUGCUCGGUCGUAGGGACACGUGCAAUUGCCAGGCAGGUCUUUGAGGGGCCACUAGGUGUGUGGCAAAGUCAGCAGCCUUGUCCCUCUCCUCUUUCCUUCUCCUCUCCUCUCCCUUCCCCUCUCCCCCUCCUCCCUUCCCUGCAAAGCACAACCUGCACCCCAGGGGCAGUGGGCUGAGCCCCAUCGAUAUCAUCCUUGUCGUCACGCGUGUGUUUUGUACGUUGGGAUUAGUCAGUUCAACAGUGAUGUUGGGUUGCCCCUAACCCUUUGUACCAAGGCCAUGCAGGCUAGGAGUCCAGAGUGGGCACUGUGGAGACAGACAAGCGUGCAAGUGCAAGUGCACUGGGCUUCAGGUCUGCCCUCCUCUCCCCAGUGGCCUGCUGGCUCCACAGGCUGCUAGUCUGCAGUGGGACUUGAGGGCUUUCCCUUCAGAUGCCCGUGGGCCACUCAGCUUGGUGCAGAAGGAAGAGAUGCACUCUGCUCUGAAAAGUGGUAUGUCUUGAAGGCUGUGGAUGGGUAGGCCACCAGCCUGGGCACUGGGGCAGGUACCAUGGUGCUGGAGCCUGGCACAGUGCACUGGAUAAGACCAAAUCGCCAGUUGUGAGUGUGCGUGGAAGGUGUGUCUGUGUCCUGCGAUGGGUCCGGUGUCACUGUUUACAUGACCUGUUUGUGUGGUUAUAUAGCCCUUUAUUUAAAAAAGAAGUUCCUUUUACGAAGUUAUUAAAUUAUAUGUUUAAAAGCUAAAGAGAAAAAGAGCUGCAGAGUAUUUAUAAAAUUGUCUUUAAAAAACAAAAACAAAAAACAACAUUUGACCAUAUAAAUGGAAAAGGAAAGAAAGUAUAAUAGAAACUUUGCUAGUUUGGGGGGAAAAAAAAUCCCUUUCUUGUAAACUUGGGGACAGCUCUGUGGCUGUUGGAGUUUAGUUUUUAUACACAGAGUUAUCAGACAUUGCUUAUAAAACUUAGUUUAAAAAAAAAAAGACAAAAAAAAAAAAAGCCAAG